AUGCCACAUGAGAUGACAGAUGAGAUGCCACAUGAGACAACAGUAGAGAUGCCACAUGAGACGACAGUUGAGAUGCCACAUGAGACGACAGUUGAGAUGCCACAUAACACGAUAGUUGAGAUGCCACAUGAGAUGACAGAUGAGAUGCCACAUCAGACGACAGUUGAGAUGCCACAUAAGACGACAGUUGAGAUGCCACAUGAGACGACAGUUGAGAUGCCACAUAAGACGACAGUUGAGAUGCCACUGAGACGACAGUUGAGAUGCCACAUGAGACGACAGUUGAGAUGCCACAUGAGACGAUAG